AUGCCUCCACGAUUCCUUUCCCAGCCGGUUUUCAAGGCCUUUACAGGGUCUUCGCAUGUUCAUAGUCCACUUGCCGCAUUGUCAUUAAACCCAUCCAAGACCUCUGUACGAGCCGGGUCUGCGGAGACUCGAGAGCGACGGCGACAUGAUCCGUUCCUAAUGGCCCAAUCCCGUCAACGGAAGGCUGCCAAUCUAUCUCGUCAACAAGCCCUUGCUCGAGAGCGUGAAGAGUCCCUUGGCAAUCCGGUGGAAAGCAAACCUACCCCUUUCAUCGAGGAGCUGAAAGGCACGAAGGCUCCGACCUCAGAAGAUGCGGCCCUCAACCAUUUUAUCUCGCCGGAAGGACUUCAGGAGGCGCUGGAAUACUCGAAAAACUUGACAUCACCGCUAGAAAACCCGGACCGGGAAACGGCAGACCCUCAACUUGAAAAGGAGGCUGCAGAAAGACAUCUCGAGGAACAUCGAAACGCUCAAGAAGCGAUCAGCCGUAUCAUCAAUAUCAACAACGGAAACACCAAAGACCGCACUCGUCUGCUCAUACAGAAAUGCAUUGAUACAUUCGGAAGACAUAAUACCGACAAGAUCCUCCCACCCAAGCCCACAGCUGUCGCUCAGGACUCCUCCACUGUCCUUCCCGAGAAGACGCCCAGAGUAGGCCCAGAUACUGGCUCUCCCGAAGUCCAGGUCGCUAUUCUGACCGCAAAGAUCAUUAACUUGUCCAGACAUCUCCAAUCGACCAACAAGGACAAGCACAACAAGCGCAACCUGAGACUACUGGUUCACAAGAGACAGAAACUGCUUCGGUACCUGCGUAGGAAGGAACGGGGUGGACCAAGGUGGCAGCAUCUUAUUGAAACGCUCGGCCUGUCGGACGCUGCUUGGAAGGGUGAGAUCAGCAUGUAA